AUGACUGGAGCUCCGCCAUACAACGCUCAGUCGCCUACGCAGCAGCAUCGCUACCCCGUUUACGAGUCUCCAACCAAGAACCGUCCAUUCUAUCCCAACGGAGAACAACCACCAUCUCAACAGCAACCGCCGUACGCUCAGCAUCCACCGCAGACACCCCCAGCGUUCGGUCCAUCGUCCGUCUCACGGAGCCCUCGCUUCUCCCACGCGUCAUCACCAAUGCCGGCUUCAUUGCCGCCUCCCUUGAACGGGGCUGCACCACCACUAUCCCACCCAGAGUCGUCAUCAUCGUCGCAAUACCAAGCACAUCCAUCGGGGGGUUCAUCACUCCCACUGCCGCGUGCCUUUUCGAGCUCCGUGAUGUCAGGUAAUGGUACCUCGCCUUAUGGUCCCUCGACACCGCACGGCCACCCUUCAAGCCAUCCGGAUGGUCCUUUACAGUCACCUACUCGGGACCCAGAGUCGCCGUACCGAUCACGAGGCAACGGCGCAGGGUAUCCAGCGCCUGUGAUGCGUGAACCUAAACCUGCAUCUCCACCACGGGAGUCGAAGCCUGCCCGAGCCGCCGAUCCAAUGUCCUUUGCCAGCAUUUUGUCUGGACCGACCGAAGACCAACCCGCCCGCAAACCAUCUCCUCAACCUUCUCAACCCUCAACGCCCGCAAUACACACCCCUGCCGUCCUCGACCAACGACAAGACGAGCCUGGCCCUGUUGCCGGUACCUUCUUUCACAAGGGAAAGGACGAAGGCCCGGAAAACUCCCUGCCGGAUACCUCCAAAGAGCCACAUGUCUCAAAUGGUCUCAAAAUCGAGUCCGACGAGCCAACCCGGAUUGUUCCCCCCGCGCCUCAGCGAAAGCCUUUCCCCCCUGGUGUUGAUGCGGAUCAAGUCAGUCACGCUAUCAAUGAAAUUGACAAUGGAGACAAGAGUGAUGUGGAAGGACCGGGAUUUGGUCAUGACCUCGACCAAUACAAGGAGAAAUCUCGCAGAAGAGCUCUGGAAAGCGACCAUGCCGAGAAUACCCGACGCAAGCGUCGCCGCCACGAGUUCCUGAUUGACCUAGGAAAAAGCCUCGAGAAGAGUUAUAUUCUCGGCACCGACCGAUUCCGCGCUAUUCACGAGGGCGCCGUUAUUGCGGAAGUUCAACAAAAGGAGAUCCACGAUGAGAAAGAGCGAAAGAAGGACAUGCAGCGAAAGCGCCGUCGUGAGAAUACCGUUCGUCUGGAGAUGCAAAAGAAACUUGAGGCAGAACGCAAGGCGGAUAAUGCCCAGGACUCUGCAGAGAAGGCCAAGUUUCUUCGUGAGGCCGAACGAGCACAAAAGAAGAUCCGCUCCACCAAGCGUGCUCUCGAGGGUGGAAAUCCUCAAGAUGAGCUUGGUGAAGUCACUCCUCUAGCUCCUAACCUUGAAGGUGGAACUACCAGCUCUUUCCACAUUGGUCGCAAUUCUCCCUCUCGACGCCGCUCUGGCCGACCCGGUCCCUCGACCCGCCCGAAGAAAUCUAAGGAACAGAAGCAAGCCGAAAAGGAUGCCGCCGAGGCCGCUCACCUUGCUGGAGUUGAUGAUGAUUAUUACACACCACGCGAUUCUAAAAAGGGCGCCCGCUCCAAGGAAGGCACACCCAGUCUUCCAUUGCAGCACGACAGCAAAGGCUACAACCAGAUCUACGAGCAAAUUUGGCGGGACAUUGCUCGUAAGGAUAUUCCCAAGGUUUACCGUAUCAAGACUGUUUCCUUGUCUACUCGCCAAGAGAACUUGCGAAAGACAGCCCAGCUAGCUAGCAAGCAAUCACGCAAAUGGCAAGAGCGCACUAACAAGAGCACCAAGGAUACACAGGCUCGCGCCAAACGUACUAUGCGUGAGAUGAUGUCUUUCUGGAAACGCAACGAGCGUGAAGAACGUGACCUGCGUCGCCUGGCAGAGAAGCAAGAGCUUGAAUCCGCCAAGAAGGCCGAAGCUGAACGUGAAGCCAACCGACAGAAGCGCAAGCUUAACUUCUUGAUUUCUCAAACUGAACUGUAUUCUCACUUUAUUGGUCGAAAAGUCAAGACCGCAGAGGCCGAAGGUGGAGAUGGGGCUGUUGCCGCGGUUGAUGAGACUGUUCAACCCGGCAAAGACGGUGCCCACGCAGUCAAUCUUCCUGACAGCGUAGCUAACCCCAAUGCUAAGGUUACCAACUUUGAAGACCUGGACUUCGAUGCUGAAGAUGAGUCCGUCUUACAACAGGCCGCCAUGGCCAACGCCCAAAAUGCUGUGCAACAGGCUCAAGAUCGUGCCCGUGCAUUUAACAAGGAACAAGAAGGCGACAACAUGGCAGCGUUUGACGAAGGGGAGAUGAACUUCCAAAAUCCUACCAGUCUUGGUGACAUUGAAAUCUCUCAGCCUACCAUGUUGAAUGCCCAACUGAAGGAAUACCAGCUUAAGGGUCUCAACUGGCUAGUCAACUUGUACGAACAGGGUAUCAACGGUAUUCUAGCAGAUGAGAUGGGUCUCGGAAAGACCAUCCAGUCUAUUUCCGUUAUGGCUUAUCUGGCAGAGUUCCACAACAUCUGGGGUCCGUUCCUUGUCAUUGCGCCUGCUUCUACAUUGCACAAUUGGCAGCAAGAAAUUGCCAGGUUCGUGCCGGACUUGAAGGUUCUGCCUUACUGGGGUAAUGCUAAGGAUCGUAAAGUUCUUCGCAAGUUCUGGGACCGCAAGCACAUCACAUACAACCGCGACUCAGAGUUCCAUGUCCUGGUAACAUCGUACCAGCUGGUUGUGCUUGAUGCACAAUAUUUCCAGAAAGUUAAGUGGCAAUACAUGAUUCUUGAUGAGGCUCAGGCAAUCAAGUCUUCACAGAGUUCCCGAUGGAAGAAUCUGCUGGGCUUCUCCUGCCGUAACCGUCUCUUGCUUACCGGUACCCCGAUUCAAAAUAACAUGCAAGAAUUGUGGGCUUUGCUGCACUUUAUCAUGCCUACUCUCUUCGAUUCCCACGAUGAAUUCAGCGAAUGGUUCUCGAAGGAUAUUGAGUCUCAUGCCCAGAGUAACACAAAACUCAACGAGGAUCAACUCCGACGUCUUCAUAUGAUCUUGAAGCCGUUCAUGCUUCGUCGUGUGAAGAAGAAUGUGCAGUCAGAGCUUGGUGAUAAGGUUGAGAAGGAUAUCUUCUGUGAUCUCACCUACCGACAGCGUGCUCUGUACGCGAACCUUCGCAAUCGUGUCAGCAUUAUCGAUCUCAUUGAGAAGGCUACUACUGGCGAUGACAGUGACAGUACUACACUGAUGAAUCUGGUUAUGCAGUUCCGUAAGGUCUGCAAUCACCCUGAUCUAUUCGAGCGUGCUGAGACAAGGUCUCCUUUCUCGGUGGCAUCUUUUGCGGAGUGUGCUUCGUUUGUCCGUGAAGGCUUCUUUGUGGAUGUGCGCUACUCGACCAAGAAUCAUAUCGAGUAUGUACUACCACGAUUUUUACUCAGCUCUGCGGCCCACGUGGACAAGCCUGGUCCUGAGAACCCUCGCGCUGGUUUCCAAAACAAGUACCUUGGACACUUAAUGAAUGUCUGGACUCCUGAAAACAUCCAACAAAGUGCUCGCGACAAUGGCGCUUUCUCGUUCUUGCGAUUUGUAGAUACAUCUGCUGGAGAAGCCAGCGAUUUGUCUCAACUUGGUGUUUAUGAGCGGGCAACUCGUCGACGUGGUCAAACGAACCGACUCUCCCGGUUGAAUGUUGUAUAUGAUGACGAUGAUAAGUCUCUAUCCAAUUCUGUGUUGUCGCAUUCUAUGCUUGAUAUUGUGGGACGCAACGAUCGUCAAGCCGUUCAUGAGAUCACGCCCGAAGGCCGCAUGCGUGAUCUGAUGAGUGUCUCUCGUGCUGCCUUUGAGGGCCAGGGUCUCAACCAGAUCGAGCCUCUAGCUGCGCCUAGAGCAUCAGCACCUCCAAUCAUAUUGACUGCCACCGGCCAAGAAGCUGUACGAAACACGCAAAACACAUUGUUCAACGAGCCAAUCCGACAGGCGCUGCUUGGUAACCCAACUAAGCAAGUUGACGAGCAGCUCAUCAUGAAGAAGCUUGAUCCAAACCCUUACUCGCUUGAGCCGACCCUGCCGCCGCCAACAUCUCUCAAGUCUCGUUACACUCAUAUCGAGGUUCCAUCAAUGCGUCGUUUUGUCACAGAUUCCGGAAAACUGGCGAAAUUGGAUCAACUACUUAAGGAGCUUAAGGCCGGUGGUCAUCGCGUGCUGUUAUACUUCCAAAUGACUCGUAUGAUCGACCUGAUGGAAGAAUACCUCACCUACAGAAACUACAAAUACUGUCGACUGGAUGGAAGCACCAAAUUGGAGGAUCGUCGUGAUACUGUCGCCGAUUUCCAGACAAGCAAUGAGAUCUUUGUGUUCUUGCUUUCUACUCGUGCUGGUGGUCUUGGUAUCAACUUGACAGCUGCCGAUACUGUCAUCUUCUACGAUUCCGAUUGGAACCCCACUAUUGAUUCGCAGGCCAUGGAUCGUGCCCAUCGUCUGGGCCAAACCCGUCAAGUCACGGUUUAUCGACUCAUCACGCGCGGCACAAUCGAAGAACGAAUUCGCAAACGUGCUCUUCAGAAGGAAGAGGUGCAGCGUGUCGUCAUCACCGGUGGAGCACCUGGUGGUGUCGACUUCAACACUCGCGCUCGCGAUAACCGCACCAAGGAUAUUGCCCUCUGGCUUGCUGAUGAUGAUGAAGCCGAACUCAUCGAGCAGAAGGAGAAGGAGGCGAUCGAACGCGGUGAAGCCAUGGCAGCCGCUAAGGGAAAGAAGGCCGCUGCUGCCAAACGGAAGCGCGAUCUCACACUAGACGACAUGUAUCAUGAAGGCGAAGGCAAUUUCGAUGAUAACAGUGCCAAACCAUCCGGAGCUGCUACACCGAUGUCCGACCAGGUUGAUGUCUCCUCAUCAGCGCCCGCGGCAAAGCGAGGCCGUGGUCGUGGACCAUCAGGCAAAGGCAGUUCCAAACGUGCUAAGACCACCAACGAGCGUCUCCGUCUCAUUGACGGCGAUGGCGGCCUCAGUUAA